AUUUUCUUCUCUUGUACAUUCGUCUCUUUUCCAAAUCCAAUUGAUUUGAGUCCGCUGGUUUUUGGUGUGGGUGUGUGUAGGUUAGAAUAGAAGAAUUAUAUGAAUUGAGAUUCUAGUAUAUUAUUUAUUUAUUUCAUUUCGCUACUUCAAUUUGUCAUUUAAUUAAACAGCCCUCAUGGCUAAUAUUUCGGAAUUUUCAAUUUAAAAUUUAAUUAUUUUUAGUCGGUGAAACGCAUAUAAACUUAUAUUUUAGUGAAAAUGGGAAACGUGCUUGCGGCGAGUAAACCUCCGAAUCCAAGUGAUUUCGGAAUGUUUGGUUCUGUGCCUCCACCUUCACCAUCAACUGAAAAGAAAGAUGAAGUUAAAGUUGAAAAUCCUGGCACUAUGGAGGAACUUCAUAAAAAGACAAAAGAAAUCUUCCCUACAGUGUUUGACGGAGCAAGGGUAGUCCUGAAUAAAGGCUUGAGCAACCACUUUCAGGUGUCACACAAUAUCACGCUGAACACACAACAACCUGGUUCCUAUCGGUUUGGUGCUACCUAUGUAGGAACAAACCAGAUAGCGCCUGGCGAAGUUUAUCCUAUUUUAAUUGGCGAUAUUGACACAAGUGGAUUGCUCGCAGCAAAUGUUUUCCAUCAAAUCGGCAAUAGGCUUAGACUUAAAUUUCAAGCACAGAUGGCCAAUCGCCAAUUUUCCGUGGCUCAGAUGCAGGCUGACUAUAAGGCUGACAACUAUACCUCUUCAAUCACAGUCAUAAAUCCUGAUUUGUUAAACAACUUCCAAGGUGUGUUUGUCGCCCAGUACUUACACAGUGUUACACCACGCUUAGCGUUAGGUACAGAGUUAGCCAUUCAACGUCUCAACCAAAUACCAGGUGGACAACUUGCUCUUCUGUCACUCUCAGCCAGAUAUACAGGGGACGACUAUGUCUGCAGUGGUACGUUAGGGAUGGCCAACCUCCACCUUUGCUACUACCAGAAGGCAAGCAAGCAGCUACAUUUUGGUGUAGAGAUGGAAACCAACAUGCGGAUGCAGGAGUCAGUUGGAACUAUUGGUUAUUAUGUCGACUUACCUAAGGCCGAUUUGCAGUUCAGAGGGAGUGUUGACACAAAUUGGAACAUUGCUGCUGUUAUAGAAAAGAAAUUACAACCUAUGCCAGUCACCCUUGCAUUAAGUGGGAAUUUAAAUCACAGAAAAAGCAGUUUUAGGUUAGGUCUUGGUUUUGUGAUCGGAUAAUAAAUUUAGUGUCAGCGUUUAGUACAAAUUUAGCAACAACUGAGUAAGUUGUGCAACUGUAAUUUCUUUUUUUUUCUAACCACGGACAAUUUUUUCAAUUGUUUCUUUGUGUUCAGUUUUUUACGGACUAGUCUUGUUAUUGGAGAACUGUUCUGUUGGUUUAUUUUAUACAAAUACACAACCAAUUGUUACAUAAUUAUAAAUAAGUUGACUAGA